GGUUCGCGGGCGCUGCCAGUCUCGGGCGGCGGCGUCCGGCGCGCGGGCGGCCUGCUGGGCGGGCUGAGGGGCCAGCGGCUCGCGGACUAGGCGGAGAGAGACAGAGCAGACGAACAACCGCGGCGACAGGUCCCGGCUCCCGUCCGCGGCCCCCGACUCGCCCGAGGCCCGGCGCCCGUGACCGCGGCAGCCCGGAGCAGACGGCGGGACCGGCGGAGAGCCGGGCGGCGCGUGAACAGCAGCUGCCGCGGGCGGGAGAGAAACUUCGCUUUCCGGGGCCCGGGCAGCGGGAGAAGUGGAGCCGGGGUGAGCCGUGCACCGGGACGCCGCGGGCGCGAUGGAGCCGCGCUCACCUGGCGGGCCAGCCGAGAGUGAGGAUAACGGAGCGUCCCGCCGCCGCCGUCCUGGCUUUCGGUUUGCGCUCCCCGGGCGGCGGGUGUGGAUGCGCGUUCACCGCCUUCACCUGCCGCCCAGGGACCAGUGACUGGGAACAGCAUCCCCGCUCUCGGCCGCUCGUAGAGGGUGCGGGUGCGGCGCCGUUCUAACAGAACAGUUGCAAGACCAGUACGAGGGACUUCCAGAUUCACCAACUGUUGGUGUAUACAUUUGUUCACAUUUACCCAGCUGAAUACUUAAGAUCCGUGCAUUUUAUGCAGGUUGUCUACUUAUAAAAGACAAUGACUACUGAUGAAGCUGCCAAGAACAAUGGAGAAAGCCCCGCAGCAGCUGUUGCUGAACAGGGAGAGGAUAUUACCUCCAAAAAAGAUAGAGGAGUAUUAAAGAUUGUCAAAAGAGUAGGGAAUAGUGAGGAAACCCCGAUGAUUGGAGACAAAGUUUAUGUCCAUUACAAAGGAAAAUUGUCAAAUGGAAAGAAGUUUGAUUCCAGUCAUGAUCGAAACGAACCAUUUGUCUUUAGUCUUGGCAAAGGCCAAGUUAUCAAGGCAUGGGACAUUGGGGUGGCUACCAUGAAGAAAGGAGAGAUCUGUCAUUUACUGUGCAAACCAGAAUAUGCAUAUGGCUUGGCUGGCAGUCUCCCCAAAAUUCCCUCGAAUGCAACUCUCUUUUUUGAGAUUGAGCUUCUUGAUUUCAAAGGAGAGGAUUUAUUUGAAGAUGGAGGUAUUAUCCGAAGAAUCAAACGGAAAGGAGAAGGUUAUUCAAACCCAAACGAAGGAGCGACAGUAGAAAUCCACCUGGAAGGCCGCUGUGGUGGAAGGAUGUUUGAUUGCAGAGAUGUGGGGUUCAUAGUUGGCGAAGGAGAAGACCACGACAUUCCAAUCGGAAUUGACAAAGCCCUGGAGAAAAUGCAGCGUGAGGAACAAUGUAUUUUGUAUCUUGGACCACGAUAUGGUUUUGGAGAGGCAGGGAAGCCUAAAUUUGGCAUUGAACCUAAUGCUGAGCUUAUAUAUGAAGUUACACUUAAGAGCUUCGAAAAGGCCAAAGAAUCCUGGGAGAUGGAUACCAAAGAAAAAUUGGAGCAGGCUGCCAUUGUCAAAGAGAAGGGAACUGUGUACUUCAAGGGAGGCAAGUACAUGCAGGCGGUGAUUCAGUAUGGGAAGAUAGUGUCCUGGUUAGAGAUGGAAUAUGGCUUAUCAGAAAAGGAAUCGAAAGCUUCUGAAUCAUUUCUACUCGCUGCCUUCCUGAACCUGGCCAUGUGCUACCUGAAGCUUAGAGAAUACACCAAAGCCGUGGAAUGCUGUGACAAGGCCCUUGGACUGGACAGUGCCAAUGAGAAGGGCUUGUACAGGAGGGGUGAAGCCCAGCUGCUCAUGAAUGAGUUUGAGUCAGCCAAGGGCGACUUUGAGAAAGUGCUGGAAGUAAACCCCCAGAAUAAGGCCGCGAGACUGCAGAUCUCCAUGUGCCAGAAAAAGGCUAAGGAGCACAAUGAGCGGGACCGCAGGAUAUAUGCCAACAUGUUCAAGAAGUUUGCAGAGCAGGAUGCAAAGGAAGAGGCCAGUAAAGCAAUGGGCAAGAAGACUUUAGAAGGGGUCACCAAUGAAAAAGAAACAGCAAGUCAGUCGAUGGAAGAGGAGAAAGCCGAAGGCCAUGUAUGACACCACGCCAAGGAGGGAAGAGUCCUAAGGAACUCGGCCCCUCCUCCAUGGGCUUUCACCCAACUCAGGACUAAACAGUGUUUAAUGUAAAGUUUGUUAUAGUCUAUGUGAUUCUGGAAGCAAAUGGCAAAACCAGUAGCUUCCCAAAAAACCACCACCCUGCUGCUGCCCAGAGCUCUCAUCGAGGGGGUGGCAAUGGGACCACUCCAGGUGGAACAAAGCAGUGACUGUUGGUGUGGAGAGAUUGAGCCAACAGCUUAAGUCCAGCUCAUUUCAGUUUAUGUCAACUUGCAAUAUCCAGUUCAGGGUCUCUUGAGAUCAUCCUAACAAUUGGGGGCUGGCUGUUAGGUUUUCCAUUUGACUGAACUUUAAUAGCACUGCAGAAACCUAGAAAUAAAUGCUUAAAGAGUUUCUUCUUUCCUACAGUUGGGCAGGGGAGAGUUGGGGGAGGUUUUGUUUUUCAAAUGACUGAAGUGCUGUGAAUGCAUGCUGUUGCAUUUUUAGCCAACAGAACCCAAAGGAGAGGGGCCGGGUUCCCCCUCAGAUCCCCAGCAGCAUCACCUACCUGGAAGCCAGAAUCUCAGAGGCCUCUCGCUUGCUGACUUGGCUGCCUCCCAGACCCCCUCCUUAGUAAAGCAGCCUCCUUGUGAGAGCAGGCUUCUGCCCCGCCAGCCUGUCCCCCCAGAGGAGGAACCCUGUCAUUCCUGAAAUACUCUUCAACGCUAAUGAGCAGAGGGAGUUUCUGGAUUACCUUUCCCUGUUUUGGAUGAAGUUCUGAGAUGCUGAAAUGUGAAUAGAACUAUCAGAAUUGUGCUUUUUCUUCCCUCCUCUAUCCUUUUAGGAAAGAAUGUUGACUCCAGUACUGCCUGCUCGCAUUGCUACCAUUCAGUUUCUUAUUUCCAUUCUAACCCUCGCUAUCAAGAAUUUCAGGCUUGUUCUUAACAAUAUCUGGAGUGAGUGAGUUUAUUUACCUAUCUGUCUAGGAUCCAUGCAGCCUUUUUGUUGUCUUUUUUAAAUUGCUGUCUGUCUCAUAAACACAUGUAUACUGAUUUAUGGAAGUUUAUUUACUCUCCUCUAUCAUGUUAAAAAUUUUUUUUGACUUUUUACUACUAAGUAGCUUAAUUUUUAAAAAAAUCUGUGGGGUUGAAAAAAUAAGUCAUCGCUCUUCUGUGUUAAGCAUUUUCCUUUCAGGUUUGACAUACAGUAGCUUUCUUUUCCUGCGCUGAUAGCUGCUUUGUUCUGGUGUGAGUUGUGAAAAAGAGUUGAAAACAGCUUCCCAUGCAGGUACAUCUAGCCUAAAAUCUCCAGUACUUGGGCAUUGAAUUAGGGCAAGUCUUAACUAUGUACAUGUAGUUGAAUUUUAGUCCUUACGGGUAAGCGAGAUUAAGCAUGGCUUUCCGGUCCCACAGCCUAAGAAAUAAGAAACACUCAUGGGAAUGCAUUUGGCAACCCAAGAAAACAUUUGCUUCAACCUGGAACAUCUCACUUUUUUAAAUCCUAAAGAACACUGGCAAUUGUAUUUUAGAUUAAUUUUUAUUUUUAUAGUGGUUUUAACAAAACACUUUUAUUGUUAGGUUAGGUCCCAUGUUAAAACCUAAAAAUAAAGUCAUUUCCUUUUAUAUCAGUUUUUGUCUCCAUGGAACAAAUAGAAUUGUUUCUUCUUUAAUGAUAACUAAAAUCCUUUUAAUUUCUCAUUUACACAUUAGUCUUUUUAUGAGUUAUUUCUUUUUUUAAAGAAAUCUCACCUAGGGAAUAUAAAAGCAAAAGUUGAUUUUGCUUAUCCGCUUAACUGUUUAGUAUUUGUAGCUCUGUUGACUAGAGCACGACUCCAGUGAGGCUAAGGUUAAAAUCAGAUCCUAAAAAGUCCAGUUAGAUUUUUGCAGGUAACAAGCAAAAAACUGUUUGAAAAAUUAGAUUAUCUAUCUGUCUAUCUUAGCCCACUGUCUCGUCUGUUAUGGGUCAUGUGAACAGGCGAGGAGAGAGGGGAAGGCUGGGCAGGUGGUUCGGAGCAAAUGAUUAUGAGGCGCCCAUCACCACUCAAGAGAAAGAAACUUCACAUAUUCUUGUAUCAAAUUCAAUAAUUUUAAACAAUUUGUCUAGAAGUCAGCAGAUGUCUUUGAACCAUCUCUUAGACUGCAUUUGGAGUGGUGAGGCAGCCUACGGUGAAUUAAAAACAAAUUGGUUUUUUAAAUAAAGUAUUCAGAUGCACUUUUUUGGUGUUCCUUAAAUAAAUUAAGAAAAACAAA